UUCAGGGCUGGAGCCGUCUAGGCUGACUGGAAAGGACUCCAAAAGGGCGAAGUGACUAGAUGGGCGCCAAGGUGACGGACAGCUAGGGAACCGAGAGUGGCCCGUGAAUAGGAAUGCCUGCCCAAAUACCGAGACCAGAGAUAAUGGAUGAAGAUCAGUUAAUGAAAGAUGUCUUGGAUAAGUUUAUCAAUUGUCCUGAGCAAACAUAUGAAGAAUUUCUGAGCACUUUUACUCAUCUUUCAAAAGAGAAUAAUGUGGCCAGAAGGGGAGCAUGUGGAACUGAUUUGUCAGAAAAUAUAUUUACUACUAAAAAAUUGACCCAUAAAAAGGAAUCACAUGAUCAUCAUUUUAGAAAUACAGCUGUCGUUCCUCAUACCUCAUCAGAGUGCUCAGAAGAUGACCAGAUAGUGAUUGAUGAAGGCCAGCAAGUUGGCAGCUCCCUUCAAGGUGACAUGACCAAGGCUGGAAAGGUCAAGGUAGACAACUUCCUGGACUUAGAAGAUUUGGACAUGGAGGAAGAGAGUGAGCCCCAGAUGAACACGGAUCGGCUGCUACUUCCAGGUGAAGUGGAACAGGAUAUAAGCACCAGUGUUCCUGCUUACGUUCCUUCUGUGAACCUGCCUCUAACUUCUGAGGUGAAUCCAAAACCCACCGAGCCAAGAACUCUGAAGCAAAUGGAAGAGGUACUCCCGGGGAAUUCCAUCAUGACAAUAUUUGGAGAUGAAGUACAGCCCUUCUUUCUCGAUGAAGAAUUUGAUUAUGACAAUGUGACUCUCACUCCCAAGUUCACUGCUGGAGAGAUAGCGACCAUCCAAGAGCUGGUCAAGCAAAAGACGAUGGAUACCAAUACAGACUUUUGUGAACACCAUGACUGAGUCAAUAGAUGCCUUUGUGUUUAGUUUUAUUUUGUCUAUACUCAACCAACAUUAGAAUAAAGCAUACAUCAGCUGAUUCCCUCCGUGGAAAUGUAUACGUCUGCAUUCUUUUGUCUCUGUUGUUUAUCACCAGGCCAGAGAGGGACCAAGGCUGAAGGUAUCACUUCCGUUUCUGAAGUCUCGUCUGUCCGUGGCUGGGUCCCGUGACUGGCUGGGAAGGUGGAACAGGGAAAUGGGGACAGGAACUAAGGACUGCUGAAUCUGCAUUUGAUGAGGGCACUGUCCAAGGGCACGUGUGUGUUGUACUGAAGACUGGGAACAGAACUCAUCUUAUUAGAGAUUCAGAACAAUUGCCUGUUUCAAACAUUAUUAUAAUUAAUAGAAUCACUUAUAUAUGUAGGUCUUUGGUCCUAUGUGUCCAGAGAUGGUGAUAUCUAUCUGUGUGGUUAUUGAGAGAUAAGCUUCAUGGAAUUCUGGGAUUAAAAACUUUACCAUUAAUUCAUGUAUGAUGGCCACAAAAUACAGUGAGUGAUCUUUGUCUCCAGAAGUUUAGGGUUGGAAAAGCAGAGCAACUAGAUGUGAUAUCCUGGGUGCUGGUGAGAGGGCUCCGUAAGGUGCCUGCUGGGCAGGCCUGAUGAUUUUAGCGCAGUCCCUGGAACAUGUAAAGGUGGAGGGAGAGAAAUGGCUCCAUAAAGCUGUCCCCUGACUUCCAUGUGGGAGCCAGGACAUGUAACCCAUACACACCCUUACCCCACUAAGAAUAAAUUGAAAUUAUAAAUGUGUUAUGGAAUAGUAGUUAUGCAGACUACUCACAAGGUUGCUAAGGGAAUGGGUAGAGGGAUGGAGAAGAGGCGAUAAGGGGGGUGGAUAUGUAUGGAAUAAUAUUUAUUACUGAAGAAAUCAGUAACAAAUGGACUUGGUAUUAUUUCUCUUUUAAGUAGACUUUACAUUUUCACCAUACGCUUCCUUUCUCUGCUCCCCCAUGGUUAGCACCACACACCACAGAAUAUAUUUGUUGCUGCUUUGGUUUGGUUCUUUCCUAUUGUUGCUGCUCCUCUUCUCCCAUGGUAAGAACACUUCAUAUGAGAUAAGAACACUUCACAUG